UACUAACACUACCUGACCCGGAAGGCGCAUGUUAGUAACGUUAGCUCACUUUACAUCGAGGUAACCGAUUUAAUUUACCAACCAUGAUUUGUGCAGGGGAUGAAGACGACCCGUUCCCGGUCGACGACUGUCUGUUCGCCGAAACAUUUUCUCAAGAUACCGUGUACACUUUAGUCGGUGAAGAGCUGAAGAUAAGACAGGUGUUCGGUGCCAACCUCGGUGUGGCUGCCCCGGUGUGGGAGGCUGCGUUACACCUGUGUUGUUACUUCGAGGAGCAGUCUGUUGAGUUGAGAGGAAAGCGCAUCAUAGAGCUGGGAUCAGGCACCGGGCUGGUCGGUGUUCUGGCAGCGCGCCUCGGUGCAGUGGUGACCCUCACAGACCUGCCUUUGGUUCUCCCACAACUUCAGGCCAACGUGUCUGCUAACAUGCCACCCAGUGGUUGGCCGACCACCCUUCCCACUGUCCUCCCUCUGUCCUGGGGUGAGGACCACAUGAACUUCCCUUCUGACUGGGACCUGGUGCUUUGUGCAGAUAUCAUUUACCUCCCAGAGACUUACCCACUGCUAGUGGAGACACUAGCUCAUUUGUGCAAGAAUGGAGCAGUGGUGUAUCUCUCAUCCAAAAUGCGAAAAGAGCAUGGGACUCCAGGUUUCUAUGAGGAAUGUCUGCCAAGCAGAUUUAUUGUGGAGCUUGUGAACCGUGAUGACAAACAAAACAUUAAUAUAUACAGAGCAUCUCUGAGGGAAGACCAGUGACAGCGGGGACAGAGUGCAGGAGGCCUGGGCUGCGCUGAGAUCAGUUAUGACUCUUGUUUCUGGGGUGCCUUUUUCAAUAAAAGCAGUGUAUGCACUA